AUGGAAUUAUGUCAAAUGAUUAUUGAUAAUUGUGCACAACAACAGAUAUAUAAAGAUUUUUUUGGUUUAGUUGAUCAAUAUGACAUAAUUCAUCGUCUUGAUAAUAUUAAAUUAAAAUAUUUUCAAGGUCUUUUUCCUCGUAAUAAUCUAAAAAAUAUUCGAUUUUCAAUUAAUUUUUUUACAUCAAUUGAUCUUGAUGAAUUAACAAAUGAAUUACGAGAUUUAUUGAAAAUUCAUUCUACAACAGGCACAUAUUCACAAACAAAACAACAGGGCAAGAAACAAAUAGAAAAUACAUAA